AAGCACUCAUGGAGUUUUUAGACAAUCGGCCACUUGAGAAAAAAGAACCUACUGAAAUUUGAACAUCCUUCAUGGCUAUAAACAUCUGGAAGGAGGAGCGCAGCACUAUGGACAUACUGGUGGAAAGCAGGAGGUCAGGUCAGGUCGCCGGAAUGCUGCACGAGCGAGAGAUCCCCUACUCGGUGGCUGUGGGAGACGUCAACAUACUCCUGGAAAGGGAACAGGGUUGCAGCACUUCCAGACACUCGGCCAGGAGUCUUAAGAGAACUUCUGUUACUGCGCGUCGAGCUAUGGAUUGGAAGAAUUAUCAUAGACUGGAUGUUAUAUACGCGUUUUUGGAUAGCCUUGUAGAAGAGUACCCAUAUUUGUGCACAGUAAGUGUAAUUGGAAAAUCAGCAGAAGGAAGAGACAUUCGGAUGCUAAAAAUAUCGAACGGCAACGAAGACAACUCCGGCGUUUGGCUGGACGGCUCCAUACACGCCAGGGAGUGGAUCAGCGCCGCGGUGGUCACCUACAUCGCGGACAGGGUCGUGCGCAACUUCAACGAGCAGCCCGACACUGUCACCAACAAGGACUGGUUUAUAGUCCCAGUCAUGAACCCAGACGGCUACGAGUACACUCACACGCACGAUCGCAUGUGGCGCAAGAACAGAGCAAAGUAUGGAGAGUGUGUUGGUGUAGAUCUGAAUAGGAAUUUCAGUUACGGUUGGGGAGAAAAGGGGGAAGAAGGUUCAUCAGAAGAUCCUGGAAAUAUUUUCUUUAGAGGACCUGAACCAUUUUCGGAACCUGAGACAAGAGCAGUCAGGAAAGCAAUAGUGGACUCCGGAACAACUUUUAAGGUGUUCCUCUCGUUCCACAGCUACGGGGAAGUGAUCAUCUUCCCGUGGGGCUACACCGGGGAUCCUUGUCCAGAUUACGUGGAGUUGCUGGAAGGUGGCACUGCCAUGGCUAAGGCUAUCUACGAAACCAACGGGCACACGUACAAAGUUGGCAGCACCAAGGAUCUCAUGUACUUCGCGGCUGGCACCAGCACCGACUGGAGUUACGCCGUCGCCAACAUCCCCUACUCCUACAUGGUCGAGCUCCGAGGGAAGAAACACCGGUUCCUACUCCCCAAGGACGAAAUUCUAUCGACUGCAGUCGAAGUGUUGAAUGGAGUUCUAAGAUUAAUGGAAUUUGUAGACAGAAGGUGCAGAGGGACGCAAUCGAAUUGCUCGUGUCCAAAAUGA